AUGCAUUCGACAGCGCGCCACGACUCGCUGACACUCGAGUUACCUCGUUAUCGCGUGCGUCUUCCCCUGACGAUUACUGCGUCGUUGGCUCAUCCCCAGUACAGCCAGCACAGCAGGUGCAACACAAGUCGCACAAUUCGCCGCAGCCCUCGAGCGCUUUCGGGACUGCAGCCAAGAUGCCGCGAUUACUGGGUAGGCAUCUGUCCAAUUCGAUUUCUGCGGCAUUGGAGAAAAACAACUAAUGCGAUGGUAGCUAGUGCACUGCGGCUACGGCGCGAUCCGCGUAUCCUGAAGCUCCCGCCAUACUUGUCGCUGCUCUGCAUCCUCGUCGGUGUCGCCUGGCUCUUCCUACUUCCUCUCGACAGGUACUCGCGCAAGACAUACAUCUCCGAAAAUGCCCUCCUUCCGGGCCAGGUCCACACGUAUUUUGGCGGCAGUGACCAGAAUGUGUUCCGAGCGUACAAGCACGAGGUAAACGAGGUGGUGGGCAAGAGCAACACCGAAAUCAACGACAAGCUCGAGCCUAUCGUGAAGGGCCUCGGUCUGAAGACGGCUCGGCAGAACUUUACAUACCACGCCGCAGGGCACGACUUUUCGGGCGAGAACCUUUACGCCAUCCUACAAGCACCGCGAGGUGAUGCCACGGAGGCUAUCGUUUUGGUGGCCGCCUGGGAAAACGUCAAGCAAGAGAUCAACAGGAAUGGAAUACCCCUCGCCCUGACGCUGCUGCGCUAUUUCAAGCGCUGGUCGCUGUGGUCCAAGGACAUCAUCCUGGUGCUUACACCAGACAGCAUUGCUGGCCCGCAGGCGUGGGUCGAUGCCUACCAUGACGCCCACGACCCCUCCCAUGUCUCCAGCCUACCGCUCAAAUCCGGACUGCUCCAGGGUGCCAUUGCCCUCGACUACGCCCAGGAGGGCCGCUUCGAAAGGGUGCACGUCGUCUAUGACGGCGUCAACGGCCAGCUGCCGAAUCUGGAUUUGAUCAAUUCGAUCGUCAACAUCGCGGGCGGCCAGAUGGGGAUCAACAUCGCGUUACAGGAGAUGUGGCAUCAUGAUAGCGGAUACCCGGACCGACUGCGCACCAUGCUGCGUGGCAUGCUGAAGCAGGGCCUCGGACUGGCCAGCGGUGCCCACAGCAGCUUUAUCCCCUAUCACGUCGACGCCGUGACGCUACAACCGUUUGGUCAGGGCUGGCAGGACGAGAUGGCUAUGGGCCGAGUGGUCGAGGGCUCGUUUCGCAGUCUCAACAACCUCCUCGAACACCUGCACCAGAGCUUCUUCUUCUACCUGCUUAUGCAGACUGACCGCUUCGUCAGCAUUGGUACCUACCUGCCCAGCGCGAUGCUGGUGGCCGCCAACUUCACCAUCAUGGCUAUUGCGCUUUGGGUAAAGAGUGGCCAACCGGCAGCAGGCGCAACAUCGUCUAGUAGUGACAAGACCAACAAAUUGGACACCACCACCUCACCCACCGCCGUCGAGCGCGACUUGUUCCUCCCUCUGGGCGUCGUAGCGCUGCUCCAGUCACUCUCCAUUGUUCCCCUCUACCUCUUCAACCAUGUCCCAGAAAGCGUAAGCCGGCCUCUCCCCACUCACAUCCCAAACAAACCACUAACCCAACCCAGACCCUCACCCCUCUCUUCGCAACCUUCGCCCUCCUCAACAUCCUCCUUCCGCCGGCCCUGUCCCACCUCCUCACCACCCUGCCCGCCACACCAGCCACACCGCACCAGUACAACCUAA